AUGUUUUACAUCUUUACAUCCCGUUUCAAAAAAGCUGAAGAAGUCUUAAACAUUUUAGCAGAAAAAUAUAAUCAUUUUGUUUCUGAUGUCAAAUUUUUUAUUGAUAUGGCAAGAGUAGCCCUACACAUUUUUUCUGGCGAUGGUUUAUUAAGAAACGAUCAAGCAUUUGAAGGUAUAAAAAAUGAAAUUCGAACAUUAACCCUUCCCCCCCCCUGCUCCGAAAGCAUGAAAACUUUUUUUCAAACUUUUCAAAAAGCCUGUAAUGAAUCAAAAUUUUGGAAUGAUUUACUUGAAAAACUAUUCGACACAAUAAUUUCACAAUUCCCACACAGAAACCCUCUUUUUGCAUAUAUAUACCAGCUCAAAUCUAAGCUUGAAGAAAACUUAGGAAAUCAUGAGGAAGCUAGAGAAUGUUUAUUUAAAUCUUUGGAAAUAUUGAGAAAGUUUGUAUCGCCAAAAAACAUUCAAGUCAUAAAGACCGAAGAAAAAAUUGUGGAGAUAGAAAAAGAAAUAAAGCCGCGUCACAACAAACAAAUUUGCUUCUAA